CUUCAUCUACACUAAUUUUAUGUGUCUUUUUAAUUUUUUUCUUGUGUGUUUCUUCUUUUCGUUAAAUCUCUAUUAUAUUUCACACCUCUAUUUAAUUAGUUUUAAUCAAUUACAUAAGUUUCAAGUUUCACCUGUAAAGAGAUUUUAUAACCUCUUUGAAAAACACAUUCCGUUUAUAGACAUUCUCCUUAAAAUCACCGAAUUUAUCAGGUCCCGAUGGUGUGAAAUAAUAGAGUUUUGACUGUACAUUGUAUUAUUAAUUUACUAUUAUAAUAUUACUUAUUAUUGAUAUAAAUAUUAUUCUAUGUUUACUACAAGUAAUUUAAAACACCAAAUUACUUCUUAUUAUUUACAUUAUUUUUGUUUUAGUUAAAUUAAUUUCUUUAUUUUAAGUGUUCUCCUUUUUUUCAUUGAUCAACCGUGUGUUCUUUGAGCAACCCUUGUUUUUAUUAUACACAGCUCUUGAGUCAACAACAGUAUUCAAUUUUGGAUCGAGUCAAACGGAAAUUUUUUUUAGAAAAGAGAAAGAAAAUAGCGAGCAGAGGAAACAAGCUGUGCUCCCGUCAAUGUGCAUUCAAAAAGCUGAUUUGGUGAUUAGCAUCUGCUCAUAAAUAUGGCACAGAUUCCGAAUAAUAAUACCAAAUCAUCAGCUCAAUACAGGCAGAAAGCAUUACAAGAAAUUAGGAUAUCACUGCUGCCUUUUAUGAACAAUGAAAGGCCAACAUCUAGUGCCUCAUCGACAACUAGUGAUUCUAGCUCAUCUCCUGGACAAACAUGCGGUCCAUGUAAUUCAGCCUCUACAUCCAAUGGAUCUAAUUCAGAGGCUUCAGGAAACUCCAAUGAUAAUGGUGAAAACAUAUCUCAAUAUCUUCUAAAUAUUGGUUUUGCAAAGAGAUUUUUAUCCAACCUCAGUUUAGCGCAACAACAACAAUUGGCUCAACAAUUACAAGCUUUAUCUUUGUAUAACAACUCUAAUAACCACAGUGCCAUUCAUGUUUCAUUGCAACAACCACCCUCUUAUCCUCAUAGUCCAGCAAGUCUAUCAUCUUUGUACUCGUCCAUCUCAACACCUCCAUAUGCUGCAUCAUCUAGUUCAGGCCGUCUUUCUCCAACGCCCACCAUAAGUAGCUCUUCCGAUUAUUCUUCUGUACCACCAUCAUUACAACUUCCAAAAAUGAUGUCCUCAGCAUCAUCAACUUGUUCCUCGCAGAAUUCCUCUUGCCUACGAGGUGCUGCAGCCACGGUGGUCAGUUCGGUCAUCAAAACAUCUCAACUUCAAGCUUGGAGUGCUCGUCAGGCAAAAUCUCAAUCACCUGUUAUAAUGCAAUCAGUGAAAAGUACUCAAGUACAAAAACCCGUCCUCCAAACGGCUAUUGCACCGACAGUACCUCCGGUCAACUCAUCGCCACACACAUUUAUUUCUCAAAAUGGCAAUAACGGUACCAAUAGCACAUGUAGCUCAUCAAUUAAACUAGCCGCGUCAACUAAUCAAUCAAUUUCACAACCAACAUCCAAUGCUAAUCAUUUACCGCCUUACACAAGUUGUAAGACAAUCAUUUCAUCAACCAAUAAUGUUGGUCUCGAAUCAAAACUUUUACCAUCCAAUUGUAACAUAGCCAACAAUCCACCACCAUAUCCAGCAAAUAAUACCAACAAAAAUCAAUUAACGGUUCCUCCGCCAUUACCACCAUUGCAAGUUAGCUCAGCCAAUUGUCCAGUUAUUCCACCACCUCCACCAUACAUAUCGGCUGUUCAACAACCGACCAAAUUAUCAACCUCAACAGCAAAUAUCAAUGGAUAUAAUCGUUCGUGUAGCCAUGAGGAUACUAUUGUUUCCCCACAGCCUCCACCACCUCCACCUCCUCCUUAUCCAGCCUCCUUUUCAUCAGUGCCGAAAGAAUCUGAAUCUUUAUCAUCAGGAGCUGCAGUUAAUCUUGGUAUCACGGAUUACACACCUCGAGUUAAUGGUAACAACAACAGUAGCUCUAACAAUAAUAGUAAUAAUAGUAAUAAUAAUAAUGUUAUCAAUAAUGGAGUCUCAGUCCCAACAACCGACCCACCCAGUUAUGCUUCAUCGGUAGCUGCUUUAGCUGUUCAGCGAGCUGUGGCGUCCGGUCCUGUAUCGACAAUUGUAUCAUCCGGAAACAGUUGUCGUCCAAGUAAACCAACACCGGUAAACUGUAAUAAUAAACUCUGGGAAAAUAAUGGAACCACCACCAAUUUACCUAAUAUAAGUCAAUUACCUGCGAGGCCACCACCUCCACUGCCACCCAAUUCAGAUCUGGUUAAUACUGUUGAAAGUAUUUGUGCAUCUCAAGUCGGUGUCAUCCAUAGUAGCAAUAAUGGACCUCCUCUACCUCCCAAGCCUAGUACCUUGAUGCAGUUCAACGAUUCGGCAAGCAUCACUGAAUCAGAGUGUUCAUCAACAUCAACUUCCACUUGUAAUGGGAAUGUAGUUUUAUCGUCUACUAUAACUUGUCCAGCUAAAACUACCAUAACUCCAGGUCCAACUAAAUCUACGGUAACUCCAACCGUAACCACUCGAAGAACAGCACCUCCCCCUCCCCCUCCAUCAUCUCCUCCUCUGCCUCCACCACCACCUCCACCUUCAAAUACAGCGACUCCACCGCCGCCGCCACCAACAGCGACAAUUCCGUCCUCUAAUGGGGAAAAGCAACUUAAAACAUCUUCAGCCACCAAUAAUCAUCAUCAUUCUGACAUUAAUCAUCGAUAUAAUAGUCCACCCAAAGAAAUAAAUCAAUCUCCAAUACCCCAAAGGAAACCUCUUUCCAAGGAAAAGGAACAAGAAAGGCGUGAAACAAAAGUACGCAACUAUUCACCGGCAGCAUUUAAAUUUUAUAUGGAGCAACAUGUUGAAAAUGUAAUCAAAUCUCAGCAACAACGGGAACUACGAAGGCAACAAUUAGAAAGUGAAAUGGCCAAAGUUGGUCUAUCUGAAUCUGCUCAGCGUCAAAUGCGUAAAAUGUUACAUCAAAAGGAGAGCAAUUAUAUAAGAUUAAAAAGGGCAAAAAUGAAGAAAUCAAUGUUUGUUAAAAUUGAAACCAUUGGGGUUGGUGCUUUUGGCGAGGUUGCCUUGGUUCGUAAAAAGGAUACCAAUCAGUUGUAUGCAAUGAAAACACUGCGUAAAACGGAUGUUCUUAAGCGUAACCAAGUUGCUCAUGUCAAGGCUGAGAGAGAUAUCCUUGCUGAAGCUGACAAUGAAUGGGUUGUUAAAUUAUAUUAUUCAUUUCAAGAUACAAAUCAUCUUUAUUUUGUUAUGGAUUAUAUUCCUGGUGGUGAUCUCAUGUCUUUGCUCAUCAAAUUUGGUGUUUUCGAGGAAACAUUGGCUCGUUUCUAUAUUGCCGAGCUUGUCUUGGCGGUAGAGAGUGUACAUAAGAUGAGUUUUAUUCAUCGUGAUAUUAAACCUGACAAUAUUUUAAUAGAUAGAGAUGGUCAUAUUAAAUUAACUGAUUUUGGUUUGUGUACCGGUUUCCGUUGGACUCACAAUUCAAAAUAUUAUCAACGCAAUAAUGGAGUUGACCACAGCAGAGGCGAUUCUUUGGACAUUGUAGAUCAAGAUUGGUCCAAUCAAUGUCAUUGUGGUUUAAAUACCAAUAUUGUUAAACCUUUAGAAAGACGACGAAGACGGGAACAUCAACGUUGUCAAGCCCAUUCUCUUGUUGGUACACCUAACUAUAUCGCACCAGAGGUACUAAUGAGAACUGGUUACUCACAAUCUUGCGAUUGGUGGUCUGUUGGUGUUAUAUUAUAUGAAAUGUUAGUUGGUCAUCCACCAUUUUUAGCCAAUACUCCUGAAGAAACUCAAAAUAAGGUAAUCAAUUGGAAAAGUACUCUACGUAUUCCUAUAGAAUCAGAAUUAUCCAGAGAUGCAACUGAUCUCAUUCUGAAGCUAUGUUGUGGACCUGAAGACAGAUUAGGCAAAAAUGGAGCUGAUGAGAUUAAAAAACAUGCAUUCUUUUCAUCUAUCGAUUUUGACGGAGGCCUUCGUAAACAGAAAGCACCUUACAUCCCUAAAAUUCGUUAUCCAACGGACACUUCAAACUUUGAUCCAAUCGAUCCAGAUAAAUUGCACUCGUCUUCUUCGGAUAGUAAUGGUUUACUAGACUGUGAUGAUGAUUAUCUGAAUGGAAACAAUAUUACUGAAAAUGGGAAACAUCCAGAACACGCAUUCUUUGAAUUUACCUUUAGAAGGUUUUUCGAUGAUGGUGGACAAGCAUAUCCAAUGAAAAUUAAUCUCCAUUCAGCUGAUAACUUUACCGCCAAUGGUACAGCAUCUAGUGACAGUGGGCAAGGUGUAUAUGUAUAAUAUAUUGAGUGAAUUAUAAAUAAUAAUAUAAUUUAUAUAUAAAUAUUUAAUAUGAGAAUCACAAAAUGAAUAUCAAAAACAUCAACUUUCUCUCUUCCCUCUCUCUCUCUCUCUCUCUUUGUAGAUCAAUUUGUUCCUUAUUUAUUUCUCAAACAAAUCAAUAUUGAAAGUUAUCAAUCAUCUCAAGACUCUGACCCACCUCUGUUACUAAACCGCUUCAUUACAUCUCAAGUUGAACACCUCAUCAGUCAUUUCUGGAAAAUUGUAAUUAUUUCUCCCGAAUUGUCAAUGCAUAGCAAUUUAGAUUUUUAAUCUUUUUUAAUUUAUAAACAUCGAAUUGAUUAAACUCACAAAUCAAAUCAAUUCAAAUGAAAAAAAACCUUUUGAUUAUCUUUCGUUGAA